UCUUUGUUUUGGAGGAAGGACGUGGGCUCGAGACAGAGACGCUCCAGUUUGUGUCCAGAAAAUGAGCGAGCAGGAGGAAUUCUUUGCAGGCAUCUCCAAGAUCCCAUAUCAACCCACUGCUGGACCAGGAGAUGUCAUGUGCUUCAAGCACUACAAUGCAGAGGAGGUGCUGAUGGGCAGGACGAUGGAGGACUGGCUGAGGUUCUCAGUCUGCUACUGGCACUCCUUCUGUGGAACUGGUGCUGACCCUUUUGGGUUCCAGACUCUCCACAGGCCCUGGAAUAAAGGAAAUCCGAUGGAAUCAGCCAAGAAGCGACUCUGUGCUGCUUUUGAGUUUUUCACCAAGCUUGGUGUUAAAUAUUACACAUUUCAUGACAGGGACAUGGCUCCGGAGGGCUCCACACUGAAGGAGUCCAACAUGAAUCUGGAUGAAAUAACUGACCUGGCUCUUCAGCUGCAGAAGCAGACUGGAGUCAAAGUGCUCUGGGUCACCUGUAACCUCUUUGCCCACCCAAGGUACAUGAACGGCGCUGCCACAAACCCCGACUGUCACGUUCUGGCCUACGCCGGCGCCCAGCUCAAAAAGGGACUUGAUAUCGCCAAGAAGCUGGGUGCCGAAAACUUUGUGUUUUGGGGAGGAAGGGAAGGUUUCCUGUCCAUGCACAACACUGAUGUCGCUGCUGAACUGAAGCCCAUGGCCAACUUCUUCAAAAUGGCUGUCAAGUAUAAAGAGAACAUCGGAUUCAAGUGCCAGUUUCUAAUUGAGCCAAAGCCCAAGGAGCCAUGCCGACAUCAGUAUGAUUAUGAUGCUAUGAGCGUCAUAGGAUUCCUGAAGCAUUUUGGUCUGGAGAAUCACUUUAAGUUGAAUAUUGAGCCCAACCACACCACGCUGGCAGGACACUCCUAUGAACAUGACGUCGUCAUGGCGUCUGUGUUUGGCAUGCUGGGUUCGGUUGAUGCAAACACUGGCUCUCCUGACCUGGGCUGGGACACAGAUCAGUUCCCCAUGGACAUCAGGAACACUACCAUGGUCAUGAAGACUGUAAUUGAACAAGGCGGUCUGCAGCCAGGAGGCUUGAACUUUGACGCUAAGGUGCGCAGAGAGUCCACAGACCUGGAGGACCUGUUCAUAGCUCACAUCGGAGCCAUGGACACGUUUGCAAGAGGCCUCAGGAAUGCUGUACGCAUCAUAGAGGACGGGAUAAUCACUGAUAAGGUGAAGGAGCGAUACUCCAGCUUCAGUCAUGGUCUUGGACAGAAAGUGGAGGACGGCUCUGCCACCUUAGAGGACAUGGAGGAUUACAUCCAGCAGAACGGUGAACCAAACGUCACAUCGGGGAAGCAAGAAAAAUAUGAAUCCAUCUUUAAUCACUACAUAUAACUAAAAAGUUUCUUAAUAAACUAUUGACGUCACUCACA